UCCGUCCGGUCUGGUUCAGUCCCCGUGACCAGCUGUUCUCCCAGUGCCGUCGUUCCCCUUUUCCCGCUGGCUGCCUGACCGGCCACUCGAAAGAUGUUCCGAAUUGGAUUAAAAUUUCCUUACAACGGUCUGAAUCGGUUAAAAAAACAUGGUUCCUCCAGGCCACAUCUAAUCGCCAGGUACUACGAAUCGCGGGCACGCAUCAAGUAUGAGCCAGAUGGAAGACUUUACAGGGAUGUCAGAUUUAUAUCCAGGUUUACUGGGCCAAGAUAUUCGACCGCACCAAAAAGUGUCAAAAGUCAGGGAUCAGGAAUACUGAUAACUCUAGGCGCUGUAACAAUAGGUACCUUAGGAAUAUUAACAUAUGCAAAAGGAAACCCAAAGGUUCGAGCUACCCUCGAAGGAUGGAUUCCGGGUACAGAUGAAACUAUCCGAAUUAUUUUUCAAGAAGAUAAAAAUUCCAGCUAUUUUGACUUUGUACUUACGUUCUUCGAAACGGUGAAGCAGACAAUAUUAGGCAUGUUCAUCAAGGAAGCACCAGAACCAGGUCAGACAAGAGUACAAUACACAAAAAUUGUAGAAUACAUACCGCCCAAGCCAGCUUUUAAACUGGCCGAUCAGAAAGAAGCUCCUAUUAACAAGAAUUAUGCCGAAAUUCACAUUAGUAAAGACAAGGGCGAAAAAGUCGAUGUUGUGGCUGAGAAGCUAGUGUCACCUGCCAAAAUUGUACGCGAUGAAUUAAUACCACAAAAUCUCAUCGAGUUAGAAACAUACUGUGGAGAAGCUGCUGGUAAAGCUAUUGCGGCCUAUCAGAAGGCAGUGUAUGCGCUUCAAGAAUACAAUCAGAAUAUUGCCAAAGUGAUUGAAAGUACUGGCACUACAGUAAACGGAGCCGUCUGGCAAAGGUUAAAAGAGGCAACAGAAAAGAAGAAACAGACUGUACAGCAAGCAGAAGAACACGCGAAAGAUGCAUUAGAUUCGCUUAAGCGUAUGUACAAUUCAAUCGAUGAACCUGUGCUUGAAGCGGCCGCUCACAUGAAAACGGCUGCGAAGCGAAAUAUUAGAAAAAUUAUGGACGAUGUGGACGAAGCUAAGAAAAAAUACACUGAUGAAUUACAGAGUGGUAACGUCGCGGAGCGCUACUGGAAGCAGGUUCAAACAGCACGAGAGAAUUUCAAUGAAGAAUUGCAUAUUCUGUUUCCUAAUAUAAAUAUUCAUGAUAAGAAGCUAUCUGUUAGCGAAGAAGCCUUCGAUUUAUUCGUCUUGCAUAUGUAUCACAAAGUCAACAAUCUGCAAAAAGAGCUGGAGAAAUUAAGAACAGUCAACGAAAAUAAAGUGAAAGCGGCACUGAAGACGGUGGGUGAAGACGCAACUCAAGAGAAAUUGAACGCUCUGAUCUCCCUCGAAGUUAAUCGAGAGAGACUUGAGUUAGUAGAUAAGCUUGCGAAAGAGUCGCUGUCGGAGCAGAAGAAGUUUGUCGAAGAAAUGCGGCGCCAGUUGAAAUUGCUGUCGGAAAUACAUGCCGAUCAUCUUCGAGAAGCACUUUUGACCAAAGAGCUGGAAACGCAAAGGAUGCUGCAACGCGCGGUCUGCGAACAAGCCGAUGCCGACUCUAUAAAAUACAAAACACAGCUCGCAGAGGUAGUUGGAAGAUCACGUGCUGUCGCAGCGGCUCUUAAAGCUCGUAUGGAGGAAGAGAAGGGUGCGUCGAAUAUACAAAUCCUUUGGGCGUCUUGUCAAGCCUUGGCCAGGACAGUAAAAGCCAUGCAGUCAGGUGCACCAAAGGGUAACAUAAUUAAACCGUUAGAACCUGAAAUUAAGGCUAUCUACAAGGCAGCACCGAAGACGGAUCCCCUGGUGCGCGCCGCUAUCCAAACCAUUCCCGAGGAGGCGGCUAAGAGAGGCGUGCUCCCGGAGGAUACCCUCCGUGAGAGGUUCCUGAAGGUAGAGAGCGUGGCGAGAAGAUUAGCCAUGGUGCCUGAAGGCGGUGCAGCCCUGCCUAUAUAUCUUCUUAGCUAUCUUCAAAGUUUCUUGAUCAUCAAAACGGCCAAUCCAAUUCCGAAAAGGGAGCUCGAAGACGAGCCAAUCGACGUAGACUCACUGAAUACGUACGACAUACUCCAACGUGCCAGAUAUUGGUUGGAUCGUGGCGAUUUCAAAAUGACCCUGAGGUACAUGAAUCUACUCAAGGGUGCGCCUAGAAGCGUCGCCAGAGACUGGAUGAACGAGACUAGGAUUCUGCUGGAAACGCAGCAGGCAGUCGACACUCUGCUGGCGUACGCAGGUGCGACCGGUCUCGUAUAUCACGGCGCCGGCGAUCCAAAGUGUUGUCUGAAUUGUUCCAGCAGAAGUAAAGCGGGAAGAGUGUAGAAAACUGUCCCGAACCACGAGAUGAGGGCAUCUAUAGAAGAACGGGGCGGGGAUGACAGAGGGAAACAGGGAGAGACGAUGUUAAUCGAUGACAGUGAAGAAAACGGAGGAACGAAGAACACAGAGAUAUCGCUGUCAGUCUUUAUAGUCACUUUUCUAGCAAUUAAAAAAAUAGGAAUAUCGUGUGGAAGAGGCGAAUAUAGUGAGACGUUUUUCUUUUCCAUCCUGACGUUGAUCAUUGCACGUAAAUAACACUUCGCGCGCAUUAACAUACCGCCUUCUAGACUCGAUUUAAAUUUUUCAGUAGGACGUGAAAUACACAUGAACAGAAUUUUAAAUAUUUCGGAUAAAUUUCGAGAGUGCUGUCGAACGAAACGAUGAUAUGAAAUUUUUUAUCUGAUAAUAUUUUAUUUAAAUAAACAUUUUAUCUGAUAAAUUCAUUUCUCUUAUCAUGUCGGAUUUUCUAUCUAGAAUAAAGUUCCAGAUUUGAGACAAAGUAAUCCCGCUAAAGUAACCGUGCACGAAAAAGUCGGUGUAUAUCAAACAUUUAUUUUUAUUCACCGCUAUUUCGUCAUUCAACGGAUGAAGUAACGAAUCGCGACGAAGUAAAAAGUUACCGGACGCAGUGUAAAUAUCGGAUGUAAUCUUGUUUUAAAGACCAGCCACGUCUUGCACGCAUACCGCACACAUCGAAAUCGCCGUUUUGUCGCACUUACAUUUACGACUACUUGAUAUGCGUGUAUUCGGCGAACUCCUCGUCUUGAUCCAUCCAUCCAUCCAUCCAUCCAUCCAUCCAUCCAUCCAUCCAUCCCAUCCAUCCAUCCAUCCACCCA